AUGAAUACGAGUAUGCUGAGCUCUCUACAAUCACAUGUUACGCCGGGCCUAUUGACAGCUUCAUUUCAGGGAACGACGCAUAAUCUAUUUUUACUGAUUCACUUCAUCAAAGAAGCAACUUUACGGAAUUCUUCGAUAAUUGUAUUCACAAAGCUGUUGCGCGAAGAUGAUCUCAAAGGAAUGUGCGCUCGAUAUGGAAUCAGAUUGAAGCCAGAACAACUUGUCGUGAAAGAAAAUUUUAUUGAUUUGAAUGGAACAACUUUCGGCAGCUCACACUUUUUCAUCGAUGACAUAUCGUUGUGGGAAAAUGUUUAUGAAAUAUCUCCAUCUACACUGUUGAAUUCAAUCUUUGGACUCUGUUCGAGGGGAAUCGCCGCGUCUCCAAGUUGUUGGAAUAUGUCAUCGGCUGAUGAGAUCGACCAAGAUGAUUUGGGUAUAACCAUGGAACCAAUUGCACCUGGUUUCAAGCAACAUCUCUCAAACAGUUGUGAUGGAAAUGACAAAGAAGAGUUAUUGGCUGAUGAUAAUGGGGUGCCAAAGAGACCCAUCGAAUCAAAGCCGCCGACUCUACGCUCAAUUUCAUUGCCGCAGGGCUCUUCUUCUUAUGCAGAAAAGCCUCCACUACACAAUACAUCUGACAAAGAAAACAUAGGAAACUAUCCGGUUGAUCCAAACGAUCCUCCUUCUGAAGUCAAAAUUGUCAAAAAGAAUAGCAAGCGUAUAUCCGAUUACUACAAGAAGCAAAACGAGUUGCUGGAAGGUUUUCAGCGUGAUACUGAAUCGAUUAUGCUUUUCCAAAGAAACCGCUCGAGAUUUGCAUCCCAAACAAGUCAAGAUCCUCGAGAAGAAAUACCAAAAGAGCUAAUAAAUUCGGCUAAUGAUCUCAUGGAAAUUCGAGCUCCACUACUAAAACAGAAUACAGCCGAUGAAGAUCUGGAGUCUUAUCGAGUUGAGUUGUUAAAAGGGAGGGACGAUAUUAACUCCGAGGAAGUGGAUCGCAUCAAGAAAAAGCAUGACGCUCAGCGGGAAAAAGAUGAAGAUUCUUCUCGAGCUGCCGGACGGCUAGCGUUGGCCACGUUGGCUAUUAACAUCUCAUUAAUGAUUGCAAAGGCGAUAGCUUCAUGGUUAUCUGGAUCUCUUUCAAUUCUGUCAUCUCUUGCUGACUCAAUUGUAGACAUCACUUCUGGCCUUGUUAUCUUCAUCACGACACGGGCGAUAAAAAAGAGGGAUCCCUAUUUGUAUCCAACUGGUAGAACGCGGCUUGAACCAAUUGCUUUGAUCAUUAUUUCGACCGUGAUGGGGAUAGCCUCGAUUAUGCUUAUUUGGGAGUCGAUCAGUCGGAUUUACAAGAAAAGUGUUGAUCUCGAGGUUGAUUGGAUUUCGGCCGGGAUUAUGCUUGCAACCAUAGCCACAAAGUUUACACUAAUGUGCAUUUGCAAACAAUUUCCUAAUGAGCCGUCGAUCAAUGUACUCGCGAUGGAUCAUCGUAAUGAUUGUCUUUCUAAUGCCGUGGCCAUCUUGUGUGCUGGUUUGGCUUCUUAUCUUGGUGAUUUGGAACCGCUUUGGUUGUACGUCGAUCCCUUAGGAGCAAUGGUGGUUUCUAUCUACAUCGCCUAUACUUGGUAUUCAACUGGCAAAGAGCAUUUAUCGAUGCUGAGUGGUCGUAGUGCCGAGCCUGGUUUCAUCAAUCGAAUAAUCAAGGUUUGUAUUGACCACGAUCCACGUAUUGAAGCAAUCGACACGGUUUACGUUUAUCAUUGGGGUACUCGUUUCUUAGUGGAAGUUCACAUCGUGUUGGAUCCUAAAAUGAGGCUGAAAGUAGCACAUGAUAUAUCAGAGAGUCUUCAGCUCAACAUCGAGAGUUUGCCAGAUGUAGAACGAGCCUUUGUUCACACGGAUUAUGAAUACACCCAUCAACCGGAAGAUGAACAUAAAACAUUG